AUGGCGGUCGAAGGCGAACAGCCAAAACAAGUCUUCACGCGGCCAAAGGCUCCGGGCUUCACGGACUCCUUCUGGUCCGCAGACUAUGCCGGCGGGUUGGGCGUGCUCUUUCAGAAGCUCCAGCAGGGUGUUGUAGAAAAUCAGCAGAUCCUCACCAUCGCCAGUCUCAGAGCCGACGCCGAAGAGAUGUACAGUGAUCGUCUGGGUGACAUUGCGCCCACCAUCGAUCGCAUGAACGGCGGUUUCGCCCGAGAUGAUGGCGCCAGUACGAGAAAGGCAUACGAAGGCGUUCGAAGCGAGAUGGUCGAAGCGACCAAGAAUCACAAGAAGAUCGCGGACAACAUCCGAGAAUUGGUCGUCAACCCCUUUUCACGAUGGUGCGAUGCCCAUGCCACGAGGAUACAGAACUCCCAAGAUGACCUGCAAGGCAAAAUCAAAGCCCACGAUCGGCAAGCAGAGGCUGUCAAGAAACUACGCGCCCAUUACUUCAACAAGUGCAGAUUAGUCGAGGAUCUAGAAGAGGAGAAUAAGAUGGCCUUUCAGGCCGCAGCCAAGGAGAGCCCAAAACCGCAAAGUCCUCCGCCGCCGAAACUCAUUCUGCCAGAAGAAGAGGUGGAAGAAUUACCCGUGGACAUUGGCGACCAGACAUACCUGCCAGAGCAGCUAAAAAGCCUCCUGACAAACAUGCUCGAUACUAUCCCCUUGGGGGAAUUCAAGGUUCCUAUCUUAGGAACCUACCAGAAUGUUUCUUCCGGCACCGAGAUCGUCGAUUAUGCACAGAAGCAUUUGAAUGCAUCGAGUGUUGGCUACGCCGAGAGAAUCGGGCAGGAUCUAGUGGAUCGAGGGUUCCUACGGCUUGUUGGCAACAUGGGCAACACCUUCGCCAACAGUUCAAGAAUGAAAUAUCAAUGGAAACCCAGAGUCUUUCAAAUCACAGGACACCCCGAGAAACGGAGACCAUUGACCAGAUCCACUACAACUGGUUCGAAUGACGGUUCAAUCGAUUCACCCAUUGGCAAUAUCGCCGAGACACUACAAACCUGGAAUCCUUUGAACAAUGCUCAUCCCAAUGAAACUCCUGCGGAGAAGCUGAAGAGGGAAGCGAAAGAGGCAGACGAGAAAUACAAAGCCGGCGUUCGAAGACUAGAUCAACUCAGAUGCAUCCUGGAAGAGUCGAUGAUGGAUCACUUGAAGUUCUUGGAGAGAUGUGAAACCGAUCGACUCAAAGCCAUCAAAUCCGUCAUCCUUGACUUUUCGGGAGCAAUCAGCAACAGCAUUCCAUCCUUUCAGAGUCAGGUGGAUCACAUGAUGCUCUACCAAGAGACGAUCCAACCUCUCGGCGAUCUGAGAUAUCUACUCGAAAAUUACCGAACCGGUGCCUUCGUGCCUAAAGUGACCCCUUACGAGAACUACUACGGCAGUGUCGAUGACCAGACUUUCGGUGUUGAUUUGGAAGCUAGAGCCAGAGUGGAUCGGAAACGAGUUCCCAUUGUUGUGACUUCAAUAUUGACCUUCUUGGACAACCAUUAUCCUGACUUGGAAGGCGACGAAGCCAGGCGAAAUAUCUGGUUGGUAGAGGUACCCUUGGCGGCUACACAUCAUCUUCGAAAUCAAAUCAACAAUGGAGCGCCCGUUCCACGUGAGGUCUUGGAAAAGUAUGAGAUACCAAUUGUUGCGAGCGUGCUGAAAUUGUAUCUUCUUGAAUUGCCAGAUUCUCUCGUUUCAUCACAAGUCUAUGAAAUCAUCAAGACGAUAUAUGCAACCACGUCCGAUGCCGUCCCGAAUCCCAUUUCAAGUGAUGCUAUCGAUGCCACGCCGCGGAUCAAAGUGCUACAAUCGACACUUGGCCAACUCCGACUCAAUAACAUUGCAACUUUGGACGCCAUUGCAACACAUUUCACUCGAUUGAUUGACCUUACAUCCGCAGACGAGGCAUAUGUUCAGGCACUCGCGCAAUCACUUGCACCUUGUAUCCUCCGGCCGCGGACGGAGAAUUCCCUUACACUGGAAGAACGACAUGCUUACCGGCUAAUCCGAGAUCUAUUCGAUCACAAAGAGUCCAUCUUCGGAGAACUCAAGCGGCAAUCAUCCACACUUUCGGGCUCCAAUAGCGUAUCACAGCGUCAAAGAGCACCCAGCACCGCCACACCCGAUGAGAGCUCAAGAAGAGCCAACAUGGAAGCCCGCGCCAGAGCAAUUACUGAACAAAGACAACGAGACAAGAGUCCCGGACCCGCCAACCGACACCGUCGCGACAAGAGCACGGAUGGAAGCAUGGGUAGAUUUCCCGUUGUCGCGAGCCCACGUCCCGAAGGCGGCCGCCCAGCCAGUGGAUUUGGCAUGCCUACCAAGAGAGCCAGCUUGGAAGUUCCAGGUAGCAACGAGUCGUCGCCAAUCCAGCAGCGCAAUCAAAAUGCGACGAACAGGAACUCCGAGAUCCGAGUCCAAACACCACCAAACGUGACCAGCGCAAAUAGUCACGACCAAGAUUCCCCGGAGACGUUUGUCUCCGCGACCUUCAGUGGCGGUGGGCCCGGGCCUCACAUUCCACCUCCCCUGGACGACGAUAGCAAUGAAUCGGACGAGCCGGUACCACCACCGAAGGAUGACCCGCCAGCGGCAUCGAAGGUCGGAUCAUUAAGGCGCGGUGCGGCGGUGGGACGAAACGCCCCCGGCAGUAUCAAGAGGACACCGGUGCCGUCGCAGCAGGGCGUUCAAUUGUCGGAUCGGCCUAUGGAUGACUUCUCUUGA